AUUUCAUUCUGACAUCUUUCAAGUGACUUCAGUAGCCUGUGAUAUCCUAAAAUGCUAAAUGUAAUUAGCUAUAUUUUAUAAACUUGUUAGACAUUGGUGUUGUAAUACAGAUGGAUAUUAUAACUACGAGUCUGGAAGCCUUGAUACAAAGAGCUACAAAUGUUAAUAAUCAAGGUCUUGACAAAGCAGCAAUUGAUGCCUUUUGUGGACUUAUAAAUAAAGAACCAGAAAGUGCUCAAAUAGCUGCUAAAUUUAUUACUGCAAAAGUUCACAGUCUUCAAGAAUGGGAAGCUUUACAAGCUCUAAUUGUUUUAGAAACAUGUAUGAAGCGUUGUGGAAGUGUAUUUCAUUCAGAAGUUGGAAAGUUUAGAUUCUUAAAUGAGCUCAUCAAAUUGGUUUCUCCUAAAUUUAUGGGAGCACACACACCAGCAAUAGUUCGACGUAGAGUUUUGGAAUUAAUGUACUCAUGGACAGUUCAGUAUCCUAGAGAGGCUAAAAUCAAAGAAGCCUAUGAUAUGCUCAAAAAACAAGGGGUUGUUAAAGAAGAGCCUGCUACAUUAAUUCAAGAGAAGCCAUACAAAGAACAGCCGUCAAUUUUGCAGGAUGAAGAGAAAUCUCAACUACUCCAGAAGUUACUGCAAAGUAAAAACCCAGAUGAUCUCCAAGCUGCAAAUAGGCUUAUCAAGUCAAUGGUCAAGGAGGAUGAAAAAAGGGUAGAAGAAAAGUGGCGUCACGCGGCUGAAUUGGAAACAGCAAUAAAUAACUGCCGUCUCCUCCGCGAAAUGUUGGAAAAUUGGGAUCCUGCUACAAGCAGCAAAGAGGAUUUAGAUCUGAUUAAAGAGUUGCAUUCAGCUUGCCUUGGUCUGAGUCCAGUAUUGUAUAGGCUUGCGGGUUCAUCUUCGGAUCCAGCUUUCUGUCAAAGUGUGAUAGCAGCUAAUGAAGAGCUUGGUGAGGUUUUUACUAAAUACAAUAAUAUUAUGAAAGGAUCUAGUUCUAAUAGUUCUAAUGAUGCAUCAUCACUCCUUGACCUUACACCAUCAGUAUCGAAACCUGCUGUUGAUGAUGCUACAAAUCGCCUAACUGACAUAGGGUUGGAUCUCUCAGUAAGAGCUAAAUCUCCUGUGACAGCUAAUGGUGAUUCCAGUUCUCUGUCAAGUCAAAAUAACCUUCUGGAUGACAUUUUUGGGUCUCCGCCACCUAUUUCGUCCAAUGUUCUAGUCCUCCCUUCUUUAGCGAAAUCAAAUACACCUUCUUUUCCCAUUGAGAAAGAAAACACUAAAUCAAAAGGAUUGCAAGAUCUUGAUUUGUUGGGCAAAUCUCUCCUCCAGGAAAGUUUAUCUUCAAUCACAAAAAAUACACAAAACAAACCUGCUAAGGUUACCCUGAAUGAUAUGAGUUUACUAACAUUAGAGAGCAAGACUAACAAUAUGAGUAUCAGUAGUGGAAGUAGUGAUCUUUUGAUUGAAAAUGAUCUUGAAAUCUGUCCGCAACCUUUGCUUGUUGAUAACGAUCCUCCUCUCGUGAUUAAGGAUGAGGAUAAGAAACCAGAUACCACUUUAGCAAGCAAUUCUGUGUCCAAUGAUCGUCUGAAAUCGGAUGUAGAAGUGCAAGUGCUACCUUUAGGGGAUAUUAAUGUUACUUUGGACAAUGUUAAACCUAGUGCCAUUCCUCCAUUCACUGCCCUUGAAGAGAGAAAUGGUGUCAGUGUUGCGAUCUUUUUAGGGAAAAAUAGACCGAGAGAUGAUGUUUCUAUUUAUGUGGUUACAACUAGUAGCAAAAAUGAAUCUCCAUUAACCAACUACUUAUUUCAACCAGUUGUACCUAAAUGUUGCAGGUUAAGGUUAUUGCAGCCUUCUAGUACUACACUUCCUGCUCAUAAUCCAUUUUUACCACCUUCUGCAAUCACACAGAUCAUGUUAAUAGCUUCUCCAAAUAAGAUACCAAUAAAUCUCAAGUUUGUCAUUAGCUAUAUAAUGGAUGAAGAAACAUGCACUGAAUUAGGAGAAAUAAAUGAUCUUCCUCUGAUAGAAAAAUAAUAUAGAAUUUAAUAUUUUAUUUCCAAUAUUUUGGUCAUUGUUUUCUUGAUCAAAAUAUUCCUUUAAUGUGUAUAUUUUAGACUGUUACUUUUAAUUAUUUGAAAUAUAAUUGUAAAUAUCACUUUUGCUUUUGAUUAGUUGUGUACUUAAAUUAAUUUUAUUAUUUGUUAUUGAUUU